AUGCUCUUUGGCCUCGAUACUGGCAGCAUUGGCCCAGUGACGACCAUGCCGUCUUUCCGUCAAACAUUUGGAGACUUCUCUCCCACAAUGCACGGGGUCAUUGUGUCGUCUGUUCUCAUUCCUGGAGCUCUCUCAGCCCUCGUUUCUGGUGCCAUGGCAGACCGAUUCGGGCACGUUCUUCUCUUCGCACUGGGGUCUUUUGUCUACGGCUGCGGUGCGGCCCUUGAGUGUGCGUCGCCCAAGCUUGGGCUCUUCAUUUUUGGUCGUCUGAUCAAGGGUGUUGGCGAGGGCAUGUUCUUGAGCAAUGUCUACGUGCAGGUAUCCGAAUUGUCCCCUGCCCGGGUUCGCGGUAUUAUGACGGCCCUGCCGCAGUUCUCCAUCGUCAUCGGCAUCGUCAUUGGGUAUUUCAUGUGUUACGGAACCGCCCGAAUAGAAUCGUCAUCUCUGGCAUGGCGCCUUCCGUUGGCCGUUGCCUCUUUACUCGGCAUCGUUCUCUCCAGCACCUACUGGAUAGUUCCAACGUCACCAAGGUGGCUGCUCAGCAAAGGGAGAUUGGACGAGGCUCGAGCCGUGCUCGACACAUUGGGGCUUGACGAAAACGAGCGAGUAGAGCUCCUCGAGCAGUCUAUGUCCGAGGUGCAAGAGCACACGGCCAAUGUGACGCUCUGGGAACUCAUACGACAGACUUUUGCGGAUUUCGGCGAGGCCUUCUCGGCUCCUUUCAGGAGCAGAACUGCGUUUGGUUGCUUCCUCAUGUCGGCCCAACAGCUGUCUGGGAUCGACGGGAUCCUCUACUAUGCUCCUAUCUUGUUCACACAAGCUGGACUCGCUGGAGAGCAAGCAACUUUCCUUGCGUCCGGCGUUUCGGCGUUGGUCAUUCUGGCUGUGACUGUCCCGGCCACAUUUUUGGCUGAUCGUUGGGGAAGACGAACGUCGAGUUUACUGGGCGGAGUACUCAUCACCGCUCUUAUGCUCUUGAUGGGUUCUCUGUUCGCCGCUGGAGAGGUUCAUGCCGACUCGGGGGCCGGGAAGUGGGUUGUCAUCGUGUCGAUCUACCUUUUUGCCCUCGUCUACAGCUGUACGUGGGCCAUUGGCUUCCGUACUUUUAUGGUUGAAAGUCUGCCAAGGAAGACAAGGAGCAGUGCAUCCAGCCUUGCUCAAAGUGCCAACUGGGUAAGUUUCUCCAAAUGA